AUGGCCACGGCCACCACCGCCGCCACGGCCACCACGGCCACCGCCAUGACGCUGCAGACUAAGGGGGUCACCGCGCCCCUGGACCCCAGGAACAGGAUCCCGGCUGGGCUCAGCACCACGGAGCCUUCCACCAGUCCCAGCAGAGACAGCGGCAAAGACACCAAGCCCCCGCGGAUUCUGGGGGAGACCUCAGGUCUGGCUGUCCAUCAGAUCGUCACCAUCACCGUCUCCCUCAUCAUGGUCAUAGCUGCUCUGAUCACAACUCUUGUCUUAAAAAACUGCUGCGCGCAGAGUGGGCACCCCCGCAGGAACGGCCGCCCGCGGAAGAUGGACCAGCAGGAGGAGAGCUGCCAGAACCUGACGGACUUCCCACCGGCGCGCGUGCCCAGCAGCCUGGACAUCUUCACGGCCUACAGCGAGGGCCUAAACCCUGCCAGCCAGCGCCCCAGCCUCGGGGGGACCGUGGGUGGAAAGGUACUUGCUUUUCGGCGGAAGGUGAAGCUCCGCCAGCCCUCGCUGGCCCGGGAAGUGGCAGCUUCGUCUGGAAGCCCGACGGUUCUCUGUGCCUCGAGAAGCCGGUGUGUGCAGCGGGCCCGCCGGGCCUGUGGGCCUGGACCAGCCGUGCAAGCCGUGCCUUUCUGUCGCCACAGACCCUCCUCUUCGGAUCGGCACCUCAUCCCCGUGGCCUUCGUGUCUGAGAAGUGGUUUGAGAUCUCCUGCUGACUGGCGAAGCCUUUUUUACCUCCUGGGGGCAGGGCGGACGCCGUGUGUCUGUGUCACGGAUCCCGUGGGUGAACCUGUAAAAAACUCAACUACACUUACAAACCUAAAACUACACUAUGUGAGGGAGGCUCGCCGCACUCCCACUGCUGUGUGCCGGCGGGGACUCGGAGCAGGACGCUAGAGGCCAAAUAUAUUUUUAUAGAGAAGCUCGCGCCUACGGGGCUGCCCUCCCCCAGCACCAGAGGACGAGGGGAGAACGCCAGACGGACCGGAGGCCGAGGCAGCAGGCCCAGCGCAGGAGCGGACGCCCCCCGAGGAGGCGGGCGCUGUCCACGCUUCUGACUGUGCCAACAAUACCGUUAUGUGCCAUGCAGGACCCGAGGGACCUGGUGAACCGCCGAGCCACGCGCACCCGCGUGGGAAUCUCACGGGAAGCAGGGCUGGGCAUCCCUUCCGGAAAGUCGCUGUUUCUGGGGAAUAUCGAUGUAUAUAAAUAUAUAAACACACACACACACUUUUUUGUACUGUAGCAAUUUUUGAAUAUCUUCGAUGUUCCUUUUUAAAAAAAAGAAGUGUUAUCGGUCACCAAACCCGACUUAUGUAACAUGCUUAGUACGGACGGAAUAAACUGGUGUUUUCUACCUUGCAAACGCACACACGCACACACUACACGCCGGCUCACACACACGCACACACCCCCACACACAAACGUAUACGCGCACACAUAUAUAUGCAUAUACUGGACACGCAGUCCGAGUGGGCAUAUUUCUUCGGGGGGGGGUCCUGGUCCCUCAUUGCCACCCGCCCUGGGGGACCGCCUCCUCGACCCACAGAUCCUCCAAUGGCACGUCCCGCGUUUGCAAGUGUUGGGUGAGAGGCGCCAGGCGUGAGGCGUGUUCCUCGGGCCGGGUGAAGAAGGCGUGGUUUUAUAUACAUACCCCUAUAUAUACAUAUAUGUACGCACACACGUCAUGUUACCGUUUUUUUACCUGACUGUUGGGAAAAGCUACUAAGAGCCAUGUGGGUAUUUAUGUAGCACCUGCUCGCCCUGGGCCCGGGCGCCAUCGGGCGGGGGCGGGGUCUUGGCCAUCUUCGUGUUAUCCAAGCGUAGAUCGAAUUAAAGACAUUUUCCAGUUCCAACAA